GUGUCUCAAAGAUUGAAAUCAUCAAAUCUCUCGAAAAAGCUCUCAAAAGUUUAUCUAUUCGUCUUUCAAUUUCUCUUGCUGUUCUUCGUUUGCGUUGAAUAGAAAAUCGUUGCAAUGGCGGAAGUUCAGAUGGCUGAUGCGGAGACUUUUGCCUUCCAGGCCGAGAUUAACCAGCUCCUUAGCUUGAUCAUCAACACUUUCUACAGCAACAAAGAGAUUUUCCUCCGUGAGCUUAUCAGUAACUCCUCUGAUGCUCUUGACAAGAUUCGGUUUGAGAGCUUGACCGAUAAGAGCAAGCUCGAUGGACAGCCUGAGCUCUUCAUCAGGUUGGUCCCAGACAAGGCCAACAAGACCCUCUCGAUUAUUGACAGUGGCAUUGGAAUGACCAAAGCAGAUCUGGUGAACAACUUGGGAACCAUUGCGAGGUCUGGAACCAAGGAGUUUAUGGAAGCGCUCCAAGCUGGUGCUGAUGUGAGCAUGAUUGGUCAGUUUGGUGCCCGUUCUCUCUUCCUCUGCUUAUCUCGUUCCUCAGAGAAGGUUAUUGUCACCACAAAGCACAAUGAUGACGAGCAGUACGUAUGGGAGUCUCAAGCUGGUGGUUCCUUCACUGUCACAAGGGAUGUUGAUGGGGAACCCCUUGGUAGAGGGACUAAGAUCACUCUCUUCCUCAAGGAUGACCAGCUUGAAUACUUGGAGGAGAGGAGACUCAAAGACUUGGUGAAGAAGCACUCUGAGUUCAUCAGUUACCCGAUCUAUCUUUGGACUGAGAAAACCACCGAGAAGGAGAUCAGUGACGAUGAGGACGAGGAUGAACCAAAGAAAGAGAACGAAGGCGAGGUUGUAGACGUUGAUGAGGAGAAGGAGAAAGAAGGUAAAACGAAGAAGAAAAUUAAGGAAGUCUCUCACGAGUGGCAACUCAUCAACAAGCAGAAACCGAUUUGGUUGAGGAAGCCUGAAGAGAUCACCAAGGAUGAGUACGCUUCUUUCUACAAGAGCUUAUCCAAUGACUGGGAGGAUCAUCUUGCCGUGAAGCAUUUCUCAGUGGAGGGUCAGCUCGAGUUCAAGGCCAUUCUCUUUGUUCCAAAGAGAGCUCCAUUCGAUCUCUUCGACACAAGAAAGAAGCUGAACAACAUCAAGCUCUACGUCAGGAGGGUCUUCAUUAUGGACAAUUGCGAAGAGCUAAUCCCAGAGUACCUCAGCUUCGUGAAAGGUGUGGUUGACUCUGAUGAUUUGCCGCUCAACAUCUCUCGUGAGACUCUUCAACAGAACAAGAUUCUCAAGGUGAUCCGGAAGAAUCUAGUGAAGAAGUGCAUUGAGAUGUUCAACGAGAUCGCCGAGAACAAAGAAGACUACAACAAAUUCUACGAGGCGUUCUCCAAGAACCUCAAACUGGGUAUCCAUGAAGACAGCCAGAACAGGUCAAAGAUAGCUGAUCUUCUUCGUUACCACUCGACAAAGAGCGGAGACGAAAUGACGAGCUUGAAAGAUUACGUCACAAGGAUGAAGGAAGGCCAAAAGGACAUUUUCUACAUAACUGGUGAAAGCAAAAAGGCAGUGGAGAAUUCUCCGUUCUUGGAGAAGCUGAAGAAGAGAGGAUACGAAGUGCUUUACAUGGUGGAUGCGAUCGAUGAAUACGCCGUUGGACAAUUGAAGGAGUACGACGGUAAGAAGCUCGUCUCCGCGACAAAAGAAGGACUCAAGCUCGAUGAUGAGACUGAGGAAGAGAAGAAAAAGAAGGAAGAGAAGAAGAAGUCUUUCGAGAAUCUCUGCAAGACGAUCAAGGACAUUCUUGGUGACAAGGUUGAAAAAGUUGUGGUCUCGGACAGAAUCGUGGACUCUCCGUGCUGUCUCGUGACUGGUGAAUAUGGAUGGACUGCGAAUAUGGAGAGGAUUAUGAAGGCACAGGCGCUGAGAGAUAGCAGCAUGAGUGGUUACAUGUCGAGCAAGAAGACGAUGGAGAUUAAUCCCGACAAUGGAAUCAUGGAGGAGCUCAGGAAGAGAGCUGAGGCGGACAAGAACGAUAAAUCUGUUAAGGAUCUUGUGAUGUUGCUGUUCGAGACCGCUUUGUUGACGUCUGGUUUCAGUCUCGAUGAUCCGAACACGUUUGCUGCGAGGAUUCACAGGAUGUUGAAGUUGGGUCUGAGUAUUGAUGAGGAUGAGAAUGUUGAGGAAGAUGGUGAUAUGCCUGCGUUGGAGGAGGAUGCUGCUGAAGAGAGCAAGAUGGAGGAAGUCGACUAAGAAGAUAAACUCUAUGGUUUUUGAGUUUUUUAGGAUUUCUAUCGUCUUGUCUUGUGUCUUUUCUUUAAACUCUUUUGGAUGAUGGUUUGGUUUGUGUAAAAGGUCUUUCUUUUGGCAUGUUGGAUGCGUCUGUUCGAUAGUCUUUUCUCCAGUUUUUGUCCCUCUUUAAAAGUGAAUAUUGUCCCCUAAAAGUGCGGCUAAGUAACUAAUAAUUGUUUCUGCACUAAUGAUCUUUGGUGUCUGCUGUUUAAUGGUCUU